CACGAGUGAACAAGGCCGGCCUGCUCUUCUUUUUAUUAUUCGCAACGUCCGCGUGCUCUCAUUUUCUUUUCCAAGGCCGAAAUUCCAUCUAAAUAUCUUUAUUCAACAUACUCACACUUUGAAUUACAUUGCUGAAGAUGUCUCCUGGCGACGAGUCUGCUACUGAGAGCAAUGGCCCUGCACCGUACGCCGACUACAUGGCCCAGAUCCUGCGGGAAGGCAUCUUGAUGGGAAACAAACCCGUUGUGACCACAAAUCCCAACAAGCUUCAAGCCCAAGCACUUGAGAAAAUGAAGAAGGAUGGUUACAAUUAUGUAUAUCUAGGCUGCAGCGAGUCCGCUACUAUGGAUGCCAACCGCCUGGCGUUCCGCCGCUGGAACUUGAUUCCUAGAAUCUUCAAGCCUACGACCCCAAGGGAUAUGAGCGUGACUCUUUUUGGUCAUAAAUACCGGUCCUGCGUCUUUAUGGCGCCACUUGGUUGCCAGGGUAUAAUGCAUGAUGAUAAAGAGAUUGGCGUAGCUCAGGCUUGCGCCGCUCUCGACGUUCCAUUCACUAUGAGUACCUCAUCCACAUCCAAUAUUGAGGAGCUUGCUACUGCGGUACCGGACUCGCCGAAAUGGUUCCAGCUCUACUGGCCCUCUGAUGAAGAAAUCCUUGCAUCUAUCGUUAAGCGUGUUAAGGACAACGGCUUCCACACACUCGUUGUGACUCUCGACACCUGGUCAAUGGCAUGGCGUUCUAGUGAUCUGGACACAGCUUCAACGCCAUUUCUCGUUGGUAUCGGUAACGAGGUGGCUUUCCACGACCCAGUAUUCCGUCGCAAAUUUGCUGAAAAGUAUGAUGGUGAUACCCCCGAAGAGAACAAGACCAUGGCCGGUAUCUACUGGUGUGAACAAAUUUUCCCUGGAGUGAGCAAAUCCUGGGAAGAUCUCAAAAUCUUGCGCAAGUACUGGACUGGGCCACUGGUUAUCAAGGGUCUAAUGAGCGUAUAUGAUGCUAGGUUGGCUGUGGAGCAUGGUGUGGACGGCAUCAUUAUUAGCAACCAUGGUGGGCGUCAGAUGGACGGCGGUGCUGGCACUCUUGAUGUUUUGCCUGAGAUUGUUGAAGCCGUUGGAAGUCAAACGGCAGUCAUGAUCGACUCGGGAUUCCGCACUGGUGCUGACAUUGUCAAGGCACUCGCCUUAGGGGCCAAAGCCGUCUUCGUUGGACGUCCUGUGGUGUACGGUCUUGGAAUUAACGGCAAAGAGGGUGCACAGGCUGUUUUGGCUGGCCUUCUAGCCGAUGCUGACCUCACCAUGGGUACAGUUGGUGCGCAAAAGGUUUCAGAACUGAACCGCACGAUGAUGAUGGAAUCACGUCACACGGUUGAUGUCAGAUCCAACCUGUAAUUGAUUGCACAAACU